AUGGUCCUGUCCGAGUCGCUCUUUGAAUGGUUCUACGAUAAGGGGUUCCCGUCCCACACACUACUAGUAAAUAUCUCUGGGGGAACAGAUAUCGCAGGUUGUUUUGCGCUUAAGAAUCCUAUCUCCCCCCUCUACACGGGCGGAUUCCAGGGCCCUAGCCUAGGUAUCUCGAUUGCUGCCUUUGAACAGGGGGAUAAAGGCGGCAAAAAGUACUUUAAUGCUUAUUUCGCAAGAUAUGACAACGUUUGGACCCAGGGGGAUUUUAUUACGAUGAAUCCAAAAACAGGCCAAGUCACCUUCUUCGGCCGGUCAGACGGAGUCUUAAACCCGUCCGGCGUACGUUUUGGAUCAGCAGAGAUAUACAAUGUGAUCGACACACAGUUCACUGAGAAGGUGGCCGACUCGAUUUGUGUAGGGCAGCGUCGUCCGAUCGAUACCGAUAAGUCCGUUAUUCUUCUUAUUUUAAUGCGACCGGGAUUCCAAUUUAGUGUCGAAUUAGCCGACCAUAUCAAAGAGGCUAUUCGCAAGGCACUCAGUGCUCGUCAUGUUCCUAAGUACAUCUUUGAGACUCCCGCCAUACCGGUAUGGUCGUCCGUCCCACCCCUUGAGGCCUUACCUGACUUCAUACCACCCACAGGUGACGGUGAACUUGAAAAAAGUAGAGCUCCCUAUCAAGCAGGUCGUGCCUGGAAAAAGGGUCAAGCCCUCGGGCACUUUGUUGAAUCCGGAAAGUCUUUCCUUCUACAAUAG